AUGGCGCCCAAGAAGAAGGGAAACAAGAAGGCCCAGCAGGACGACUGGGAAGCCGAGCUCGGCGAGACCAUCGAUCCCAUCGCCCAGGCUGAGCAAGAGGCAAAGGCCGAGGAAGCUGCCCAGGAUGCCAACGAAGAAGAGCCCUCUGGCCCCGCCGGCGGUCUGAUGGCUGCCCUCAAGCGCAGACAGAACAAGAAGGGCAAGAAGGGCAAGCAGCAAGACAACGACUGGGAAGCCGAGCUUGGUGAAGACCCUGCCGCCGAUGCUGCCGAUGGAACCGAAUCCCCCGUCGACCUGGACCUGGCCGCAAAGGCUCCUGAGGAGGGCAACAUGGACGACGAAGACCUUUACCCCGAACCCGCUAAGAAAGGAAAGGGAGCCAAGGGCGCCAAACAGCAAGCCGAGCCUGCACAGGACGCACAGGACGACGACGAGAUGGAUGCCAGCGGUCGUGUCUUGACCAAGAAGGAGAAGGAAAAGUUGAAGAAGGAGCGUGAGAAGCAGAGAAAGAAGGAACAGGCCGCAGCCAAGAAGAAGGCAGGCGGUGCCGUACCUGCUGCACCCAAGCCUCAGCCCAUCAGAGACACCCCUUCGCCGAGUGCAAUCGAACCUGCAGCGCCUGCCCCCGAACCUGCAGCUGGUGGUAAGAAGAAGAAGCUCAACCCUGCCCUUGCCGCUCUCCAGAGACAGCAAGCCGAGUUGAAGGCUAGAGAAGAAGAGGCUGCUCGUCUCGAGGCCGAGGAGCGCGCAAGGGCCGAGGAAGAAGAGAAGAUGGCUGCCGAGGACGCAAAGGCCAGAGAAGAAGCCAAGGCUGCCAAAAAGCAGAAGGAGAAGGAGAAGAUCGAGCAGCUCAAGAAAGAAGGCAAAUACAAGACAAAGGCUCAAAAGGAAGCAGAGGCUCGCCAACAAGCUCGCCUCCAGCAGAUGCUCGAGGGUGGUGCUAUUGUUGCUGGUAUCUCUGGUGAUGGUGAUGAUGCCAAGAAGGCUCAAAAGGAGAAGGAUCGCAGAAGGAAGAACCCUCGCAAGGCUGCCGAAGAGCGUGCUGCCGCCGAGGCCGCAAAGGCUGAGGAGGAAGCUGCUCGCAAGAAGCUCGAAGAACUACGCAUUGCCGAAGAGCAGAAGAAGGCCGCCGAGGAGGCUGCUGAAAAGGCAAAGGCCGAUGCUCUGGACAAAAAGGCCGAAGACGAGGAUGAGCUUGAAGACUGGGAGGCAGAGGCCGAGAAAAUGGAGAACGAGGGUGUCCGAGACAGCUGGGAUGCUGACUCCGAAGAAGAGGAAGAGGCUCCCCAGACUGAUGGUGCCGCUGCUAAGAAGGCCAACAUCAAGACAGAGUCCGACUCUGAUUCUGAAUCAGACUCCGACUCUGAUUCGGACUCUGACUCUGAUUCGUCUUCAGACGAGGAAGCCAGCGCAAACGCUCGUGCUCUUGCCCAACGCAAGCGUGAGGCCGCCGAGAGACGUCAAAAGACGAUCGCCGAUGCCAGAGCGGCCGCCUCGAAGGACAACCUGCGCUCCCCCAUUUGCUGUAUUCUUGGUCACGUCGAUACCGGAAAGACCAAGCUUUUGGACAAGAUUCGUCAAACAAACGUUCAGGAAGGUGAGGCUGGUGGUAUCACCCAACAAAUUGGUGCUACAUACUUCCCUGUUGAAGCCCUGGAGAAGAAGACCGCUGUCGUGAACACUGACGGCUCCUUCAAGUUCAAGAUCCCUGGUCUUCUCGUUAUCGAUACACCUGGUCACGAGUCUUUCACCAAUCUUCGUUCCAGAGGUUCAUCGCUCUGUAACAUUGCCAUUUUGGUCGUCGAUAUCAUGCACGGUCUUGAGCCCCAAACUCUCGAGUCCAUGAGACUGCUCAGAGACCGCAAGACUCCUUUCAUUGUCGCCCUGAACAAGAUCGAUCGUCUUUAUGGCUGGAAGCAAAUCGCUAACAAUGGUUUCCGCGAGUCGCUUGCCAUGCAAAACAAGGGUGUCCAGAAUGAGUUCGCUGACAGACUCGAGAAGACCAAGAUCGCCUUUGCCGAGCAAGGUUUCAACUCCGAAGUCUUCUACGAGAACAAGUCGAUGGCCCGAAACGUCUCCCUCGUCCCCACCUCCGCUCACACCGGCGAGGGUAUUCCCGAUAUGCUCAAGCUCAUCACCCAGCUCACUCAAGAGAGAAUGGCUGGUCAGCUCAUGUACAUCACUGAGGUCGAAUGUACCGUCCUCGAAGUCAAGGUCAUUGAGGGCCUUGGUACAACCAUUGACGUUGUCAUCACAAAUGGUCGUCUGAAGGAGGGUGACCGCAUUGUGUUGUGCGGUACAGAAGGACCUAUUGCGACUAACAUCAGAGCAUUGCUCACUCCUGCUGAGAUGAAGGAAUUGCGUGUCAAGUCUGCCUAUGUCCACAACAAGGAGGUCAAGGCUGCAUUGGGUGUCAAGAUCACUGCCAACGGUCUCGAAAACGCCAUUGCUGGUUCUCGUCUGCUCUUGGUCAAGGAGGAUGACGACGAGGAAGAGCUCAUGGACGAUGUCAUGUCCGACCUCGAGAACUUGCUCAGCAAGAUCUCGACAUCUGGCCGUGGUGUUACCGUCCAAGCAUCUACCCUUGGUUCCCUCGAGGCCCUGCUUGAGUUCUUGAAGCAGAUGAAGAUUCCUGUUGGAUCCAUCUCCAUCGGUAACGUUCACAGAAGAGAUGUUAUCACAGCAUCAACCAUGUUGGAAAAGCACAAGCAGUACGCAGUCAUGCUCUGUUUCGAUGUAAAGGUCGACAAGGAAGCCCAGGCUUAUGCCGACGAUGUUGGCGUCAAGAUCUUCACCGCAGACAUCAUUUACCAUCUCUUCGACCAGUUCACCAAGCACAUGGCCGAGAUCGCCGCCGCCAAGAAGGAAGAGUCCAAGAUGUUGGCUGUCUUCCCUUGUAUCCUUAACCCCAUUCAAGUCUUCAAUAAGACCGGCCCCAUCGUUGUCGGUGUCGAUGUUCUUGACGGUGCUCUCCGUGUAAACACACCUAUUGCAGCCGUCAAGGUCCACCCCGUCACCGGUGCCAAGGAAGUUAUCCCCAUGGGCCGUGUCACCUCGAUUGAGCGCGAGCACAAGCAGAUCCCUCUGUGUAAAAAGGGUCAACCCGCCGUUGCCGUCAAGAUUGAAGGCUCCAAUCAACCUACUUACGGCAGACAACUUGAGGACAAGAUGAUCCUCUACUCACACAUCAGCAGAGCUUCUAUCGACACACUGAAAGAGUUUUACCGUGACGAAGUCACCAAGGAUGAGUGGAAUCUUAUCGCCAAGCAGCUCAAGGGUCUGUUCGAUGUCGUGUAA